UGUGUGUCACUAGGCGGGCCAAGCUAGGGCGGUGAUUCCGAGUGAUUCCGCCCGAGGUGGGCCUUGCGCACCUCAGCUGAUCCUGACGUCACCGUUCGGCCGCCAUGGCUGAGAAGCAAGCAGACUUGGCCAGAGAGCCGGAUCCCGAGGGGUCCUCACCUGGGACCGAGGGGUCCUGGAACUACGACAGCAACUGCGUGUUCUGCCGCGUGGCGGCGGGUCAGGAACCCAAAACUGAACUCUUUCACUGUGAGAAUGAAGACCUGGUUUGUUUCAAAGAUAUCAAACCAGCUGCACUUUAUCAUUAUCUCGUGGUGCCAAAGAAGCAUAUUGGAAGUUGCAAGGAUCUAAACAAAGAUCACAUAGAAAUGGUUGAGAGCAUGGUAGCUGCUGGGAAGACCAUGCUUGAGAGGAAUAAUUUCACAGACUUCACAGAUGUAAGAAUGGGUUUCCAUGUUCCUCCAUUCUGUUCCAUCUCUCAUCUACACCUUCAUGUGAUAGCACCAGUCAAAGAGUUUGGCUUCUUAUCAAAGCUGGUUUACAGGCAGGAUUCCUACUGGUUUGUCACAGAAAUAAAGUCUUUACUAUCGGUGUUUGGAGGGCAGUUCACUAACAGUCAGGAAACUUAUGGAAAGUCUCCAUUUUGGAUUCUUAACAUUCCCUCUGAAGACAUUGCAAGAAACUUGAUGAAACGGACUGUGUGUGCCAAGUCUAUAUUUGAACUAUGGGGUCAUGGAAAAUCUCCCGAGGAGCUGUAUUCUUCUCUUAAAAGUUACCCUAUGGAGAAGAUGGUUCCAUAUCUGCAUUCAGAUUCGACAUAUAAAAUAAAGAUUCACACAUUUAAUAAAACAUUAACUCAAGAAGAAAAAGUGAAACGAAUUGAUGCACUUGAAUUUCUGCCGUUUCAAGGAAAAGUGAACUUAAAGAAACCACAGCAUGUAUUCUCCAUUUUGGAGGACUAUGGUUUGGACCCAAACUGUAUCCCUAAGGAUCCACAUAAUAUUUAUUUUGGCAGAUGGAUUGCAGAUGGACAAAGAGAGCUAAUUGAGUCAUACAGUGUCAAAAAGAGACAUUUUAUUGGAAAUACAAGUAUGGAUGCUGGUUUAUCAUUCAUCAUGACCAACCAUGCAAAAGUGAAAGAAAAUGAUCUUGUCUUUGACCCCUUUGUUGGAACAGGUGGCCUCCUUAUAGCAUCUGCUCACUUUGGUGCAUAUGUGUGUGGGACAGACAUAGACUACAACACAGUUCAUGGCUUGGGAAAGGCUAGUAGAAAAAACCAGAAAUGGCGUGGACCAGAUGAAAACAUCAGGGCAAAUCUUCGUCAGUAUGGCUUGGAGAAGUUUUACCUUGAUGUCUUGGUUUCAGAUGCAUCUAAGCCUUCCUGGAGGAAGGGAACAUAUUUUGAUGCAAUCAUCACAGAUCCUCCAUAUGGUAUCAGAGAAUCUACAAGAAGAUCAGGUUCACAGAAGGAAAUACCAAAGGGAAUAGAAAAAUGUCCAGAAAGCCAUGUUCCUGUCUCCUUGAGUUAUCACCUGAGUGACAUGUUUUUUGACCUGUUAAAUUUUGCAGCUGAGACCCUUGUACUGGGUGGAAGACUAGUCUAUUGGCUACCAGUAUAUACACCAGAGUACACUGAGGAGAUGGUGCCUGGGCACCCUUGCCUGAGACUCAUCAGCAACUGUGAACAGAAGCUUUCCAGUCACACAGCAAGGCGCUUGAUCACCAUGGAGAAGGUGAAGGAAUUUGAGAACCGGGACAAGUAUUCACACCUGCUCAGUGAUCAUUUUCUGCCGUACCAAGGACAUAAUUCUUUCCGUGAGAAAUAUUUUAGUGGUGUAACAAAAAGAAUUGCCAAGGAAGAAAAAUGCAGCCACGAGUGAAAACUCUGAUGCUGACAAUCAGGAAAGAAGAAGCGUUUUACAAAAAGGCUUUGGAUGGGAAUUUGUGCAUAUGAUUUACAAAACCUGUGCUGAUUUACAAUUUUUAUAUAAAUAACUGCUAUUAAUCAAAAUUGGAUAAUUUCAAAAUGGUCUUUGUUUUAGAGACUAUUUUGAUGUAUAUGUCUUUUGAGCCUUGUUAAGUGUCAGGGACUGAUAUGUAUAUAGAGACAAAGUGUUUAUAUUUUUACAAAGACAAUAUUGUAUCUGCCACAUACAUGGUAGGUAAUUAAUAGUGAUUUAGAACUUACUCAUUUUGUAAAGUUGCUUGGUUUGACUUUUAGUUGCGACUGUUUUUCAUUGACACCAAUAAACUUUACUGGGAAUUU